AUGCAUCAGGAGGAGGCUAGUGGCACAUGGGUAUCUUCUUUUGCUAGAGAUGGACGGUUCUGUGUGGCAGCUCUACGGGAAAGAAUUGAAAGAGCAUCAUUCCUGGUAUGUGACGGAAUCUCCCCAUGGAUAAAACUGGUUCCAUUAAAAGUAUUUGGCUUUAUUUGGAGAGCGAAACAAAGUCGAAUACCCUCAGCUGAAGCACUCAAAACCAGGGGAGUUACAAUGGACCCAACUAUCUGUGGUGCCUGUAAUAUGACAGAUGAAACAGGUGACCAUAUUCUUGCAACAUGCACGUUGGCGAGGGAUGUAUUACGGAUGAUCCUUCAUUGGUGUGGUUUACCGGAGACGGAUUUUCAUUCAGUAUCGGACAUAAUUGAUUAUGCAUCUAGAUGGGGAAACUGUCCUAAGAAGAGGAAUAGAUUAACUGCGAUCUUAUUUGACAUCAUCGGCAUCGAUACCUCCACCAAGAGGCUUAGCAAAAACCCUCUAUGGAAUUGCACCAAAAUCGCUACAAUCUCUGUCAUGAAGAUGCUCAAAAUUCGAUAUGUGUGUGUCUCUCUCUCUCACACUCAUGGCCGAUAUGCCUCGCCAGUGAAUCGAGCACUAGAUACAUCAUUGUUCACCCCUUCCUUCCCAACCACUGCUAGUCUGAGAACCAAAUCAAGAACCAUUUACAAUUUUUGUACUGGAUCGUCAGUAGCAAUAGACGAAUGUGAGGGGGAACAAAGCAGUCGCCGAUCAAGGGUUUAUUUUUGGAUAUGUUAUGGACAGAGGAAAGGAGCGAAGAAAAAAGAGAGGCGGUUAUUGGUGGCUAUUGUCACCGACAGUGGUGGCGAGAGGGCAUGCUCUGGCUGCUCGUUGUUUCUUUUUUCCUAA